CCUCUUACUACAUAACGUCCAUGCUACAUAACUCCCUCUUUAUGAAACAAACAUUGGACUUUGCUCACGUACUACACUGCCUUUAACUGAACACUUUUAAACACAAACUGAGUCACAAUUGUGUUAAGAAAUUAUGUCGUUUUACAGGAACGCCGUGUGGUUUGUGAAAGGGCUCCAGGAGUACACAAAGAGUGGCUAUGAAGCUGCAGCGAAGCAUUUUGUUGCUGCAGACCUGGAUGUGAACCUGAGUGGGAGGUCCUUCAUGAUCACAGGAGCUAACAGUGGGAUCGGUAAAGCCACGGCGCAGGAAAUAGCCAGCAGAGGAGGAACAAUUCACAUGGUUUGUCGAAACGAGGGGCGAGCAGAAGCAGCCAAAGAGGAAAUUGUGGAACGGAGUAAAAAUCAGAACGUUCACGUCCACAUUGUCGACAUGUCCAGCGCCAGAGAGGUCUGGGAGUUCGCCCAGAACUUCUCCCAGAGCAACACGGUGCAUGUUCUGAUCAACAACGCCGGCUGUAUGGUGAACCAGAGAGAGUUAACUGAGGAGGGUUUGGAGAAGAACUUCGCCACAAAUACACUGGGUACCUACAUCCUCACCACGGCGUUGAUACCUGCACUCAAGAAGGUGGAAGACCCGAGAGUGGUCACGGUGUCGUCGGGCGGGAUGCUCACACAGAAGCUGAACGUGGACGACCUGCAGUUUGAGAAGGGGACGUUUGACGGUACCACUGUCUAUGCCCAGAACAAGAGACAGCAGGUGAUCCUGACAGACAGAUGGGCGUCCCAGCACAAAGAGAUCCACUUCUCCUGCAUGCACCCCGGCUGGGCCGACACUCCAGCUGUCCAGACGUCCAUGCCUUCGUUCCACGCUAAGAUGCAGAACAAACUGCGGACGGAGGCGAUGGGAGGGGACACGGCCGUGUGGCUCUCUGUGUCUGCGGCCGCCAUCAAGCAGCCGAGCGGACUGUUCUUCCAGGAUCGUAAAGCGGUGGCAACGCACCUCCCUCUGGCCUCCUCCCGCUCAUCCCCUCAGGACGAGGAGAAGCUGCAGGCGGCGCUGGACGAGUUCGCCCUCAAGUUCAAACCUUAAUAUCUCUGUAAACGCACUUAUUAAACCAAGCACUCCUUAAUAAUUACCAAUGUUUACAUAAUUGUUAUUUUGCAAUGUACAGGAUGUUUAUUUGAUACAUUUGUUAAAGCUGCUUGAAGAACAAAACACACUCAAGUCAAGUUGUUUUUUGGAAGGAAGAGUGUUGUUGUUGGGAGAUGAAUCUACUGAAUCAAACCUGAAGGAAAAUAUAGAUCUUUAAAUACACUAAAUAUAAAACCUUUGAUACUGCAUUCAUCGAGUCUACUGGGAGAUAUUUAUCAGCCUACACAUACAUGUAUUAAUGCAAAAUUGUUAUUUGUAAAUUAAAUAUAUUUAUACGGUUU